UGUAGGAGGAGGAAGGAGAGGGGGCUGGUUGAAUUCGUUCUGUCUAUCUUUAUUUUAUUUCCCCGGUGAAGGGGGAAGAGGAGGACCGAAUAGAUUAAAUUCCGCCGGCUUGCGGCGACAGGGGUUGGUUGUGUGUGUGUGUGAGUGAGUGUGAGAGAGAGAGAGAGAGAGAGAGAUGCGGAAAGGAAGCCAGCAGCACAGUCCGGCCGGAGCAGCGCUGGAGAGACCGGCGGCCCACGGCGUGUUGGCCGCGAAUGGCAGCCCCGGGGUCCGGCUCUUGACUCAAGCAGCGGCAGCGGCGGCGGCGGACGGGGGCUGCUCCAGUCCCCGCAUGGCGGGCUUGUCGCCGGUAAGGACUCCGGCAAAAAGAAGAUUGGCAUUGGAUGAAAGUGACCAUCAUUAUCUGACUGCUGACAUGUGCACCCCAAAAGGAAAAGGAAGGGGUGCAAUGAGAAGCCCAAGUAGUCCAAGAACUCCCAGGUCCCCAUCGGAGAAGACUCGCUACAAUACUUCGCUCGUCCCCCUCACGAAGAACGUCGUUCAGCUCUUAGGUCAAUCACUAGAUGGCGUGCUGGAUUUGAACAGGGCUGCCGAGGUCUUAAACGUGCCGAAGCGAAGAAUCUACGACAUUACAAACGUGUUGGAGGGUAUUCACCUCAUUGAAAAGAAAUCCAAAAAUAAUGUUCAGUGGAUGGGUUGCAGCCUGACAGACAAGGACGGUCUGCUGAAACGAUGCCAGGGACUCAACCGGGAGGUGGCAGAACUUAGCCUGAAGGAGAAGAAGUUGGAUGACUUGAUCCAAAGCUGCGCCAUGGACCUCAAAAAGCUGACGGAGGACUCAGAAAACCAAAGAUUAAAUUAUGUAACAUAUCAAGACGUCAGAAAAAUCCAGAGUUUUAAGGGCCAGGUGGUAAUAGCUGUUAAAGCCCCUCCGGAAACCAGGCUGGAAGUACCUGAUCCUUACGAUAACUUGCAGAUACAUUUGUCGAGUACGAGGGGACCGAUCGAGGUUUAUUUAUGUCCUGAUGAUUCUGCGCCAUCAAGUAGCCCAAUGAAGUCCAGCAGCAAGGAACAUUCUAGAAAUAUUUCUCAGUUACGUGUCCGAGAUUCGGACAUUUCAAAUGGGACACAGCAUGGAGACGAUCCGGGCUCACAAUUUUCUUACCUAUCACCAUUGAGCUCAUUGAAUAACCUUUUGCAGGAAACCGAAGAUCAGAUUUCAACGCCCAUGGAAGAGGAAGGACUGUUUGUAAAUUUGUCCCCGUCACUAUCUCAGGAAGAUUACCUGUUGAGCAUUGGUGAUAAAGCAGGAAUCAGUGACCUGUUUGAUUGUGAUGUUGAUAGGUUUUUCUCGGUGGAAGGUUUUUAUGUGGGUAAUUAAGUGCCCUUCGAUAUUACAUAAUUGCCGGUGUGGACCUGAAAACUCGAUACGAGGUUGGGUGCUGGUGAGUGAAUGGAAAUCUGCUUCAGUUACAGGAAUAGUAAUAGAACUUUUUGCUGGUAAACCCACAACCGGAUGUGUUGACCGUAAGUCUAUAUCGGCUACUGAAAUGAUUUACAUUGGUAUUUUAUAUAAAUUAUGUAUAAGCAUGAAAUGAAACUUCACUAUUGAGCAUCA